CAUUUCACAGAGACGCUCUCGGGGAUUUCACAUCCCGGUUGGAAAGGAGAAGGGCAAGCAAGGCAUUCACCCCUCUUUCUUUGGAGGGAGUGGUAUGCCCCAGGGACAGAUGUCUUCAGAUCUUUUUAACAUUUGGGAUGCCGCCGAUGCCGAAGUUAAAUGAAAUACCGCAAGGGGGGUGGUGGUGGAGAAUUUAAGCAAGAGCACCAGAAGCAUGGCAGCAGAGAAGCUCGCUCUCCCGGGGCGUAACGGGGAAACUCAAAUAAACUGAGCAAAUCACACACACACACACACACACACACACAAAAGAGCCGGAGCAAGACGUGCCUGGAAGAGGGAAGCAGCCGAGGGGUCGGAAGUGUGAACUCAACGAAAAACCCAGCAGCUUUGGAGAUUGGAACACUAGGACAGAACUGGCAUCGCUUCCUCUCGCUCAUUUUUCUCCUGAUACCAGUUAUUCUGAAUCAGGGACCGAGCCCAGCAGGAGACAUCACGGCACUUUCCAGGUGUGAUCCUACUGCCUCCCUCCGUAGAGCUCGGCCAUGAAGAGUAAGGAUGAGACCAGUGACACAGACAGUGGGAUCAUAGUACAGUCAGGACUAGACAGCCCCAUGUCUCCAAUGAAGGAUCUGACGCAAGCUAUGAGGAAGCAGCAGAAGGCGCUGGAGGAGCGACUAGAGGCCUGUGUGCAGGAGCUGCGAAGGCUGUGCUUGCGCGAAGCGGAACUGACAGGAUUGCUUCCUUCAGAGUAUCCUCUGAAACCAGGAGAAGUGGCCCCAAAGGUCCGACGUCGAAUUGGUGCUGCUUUCAGAUUGGAUGAGAAGGCCUUUCUCUCCAGAGGAGUGGAUCCUCUGAGCAUGUUGGAGAGAGACCUAGCUCUGCAGCUACAAAUUGCUGAAGCAGCGCGAUGUCUGUCCCGGGAAGAGAAUCUCACCAAGCAGGUUCGGAAGCGCCGCAAAAGUGCUGUGCUGAAGGAGGAAAAGAAGCUGAAGGACCUGGAGCAGUCUGUCACAGAGUGCCGCCAGGCAGCCAAGCAUUCAUCACAGCUGAGGGCCAGUGCGCCAGCCUUACAAGGGUUCAGUGCCUCUGAUGAGAACUUCUUGUUGGAUGCUGUUGCAGUAGAAGAAGAAUCUCAGGUGCUGAGCGCCCAUCUUCCGCCAAUGCUCACAGCUUCAGCGCCUCCAACCCCCGCCGGUUCUUCGGCGCAGCCUCUGUGUUCUGCGUUACUAGAAGGGCAAGCCCACUACCAAGCCACUGACGUGGAGUGCUCUCCCAUCCAAAACAGCCCAUGGAAAGAGACCAGUCUGGACAAGCCCUAUGAAAAGCCAAAGAAAUCCACUGAGCCCAGCAGCGUGCCAAGCAGUCCAGGCCUGCUAUCUCAACCAUCACAGCCGUACCCUCAGAUGACUGCUGAGGCAUCGCCAUGCCACUUUGUUCCUCCCAGGAAGCUGGAAGUAAGGAAACAGGCUGCCAGUGCCCCACAGACACCAGAGUUCCUGGGAAGGAGAGGACAACCUCAACUCAUGAGGGUGUGUUUCCGGGAAGGCUUCGAGUCCCGCGGAAGAAGCGCAUUGCCAAGGCGGCGUCCAACUUACUACACUGUCACUGUCCCCGAGUACUGCUUCUCUGUGCCCAAGGCCAACCCAGCCGCCAAGCCCACCUACCACUCCGCCUCAGAAGACAGCAAUUCGGAUGUCUCCAGCAUCUCCUAUACCACCUCUGCCGGCAGCAGCAGCCCCGACAUCUCCUUCCUGAAGCCAAGCUCCUCGGUCCCCAUUGAGGAGCCCCUGCAGCUGUUCCAGAACCAGACCUCCAAGGGGAAUGGACCCGAAUAUCACUGCCAAUGUCCUCAGAAGCUGCUCUCACCUCUGGGCUACUUCUCUGCUGUAGAAUAUGACAACCACCUCCCGGCUGGGCGGGAGCUCAGCCACAGCCGGCCACCCUUCCUGUCUGUAAGCUCUGCCCAUUUUGCCUACAAGGAAGAGGCAGUGCCUGUGCGGUUCCACCGGUCAGUUGUUUCCCACAGCAGUGUGCGCACCCCAUCUCUGAAGGACUGCUCCCCGAUGGGCCCCCGAGUCCUCUCCAAGUCGGCCGUGACAGAAGAGCUAAAAUCGUGGCACGAACGGACUCGGCUGCGUAAUGCGCGGCCACAUUCCCUGGACAGACAAGGGGCCUUUCGCAUGCGCAGCGGGCCCGGCCGAGAGUUGCGCCCCUCCUGUUCCAUGGGGCAGCAAAUUCAGGUUCCCCGUGUCCAUAUCCUGAAACGGUCUCCUGAGGGAGCCCCUGUGCAGGUCUACGUGCCAGAAAAUGGAGAAAUCAUUACUCAGGUGUAGAGACUACUGAAUCACCUUGACUUCCUGCAAUUUGUCAAUGUCGGCAGGCUGCCUGCCUAGACCGACCCGUCUCCCCAUUCCAGGUUGGAAAGACGAGGCUUUGUGUCAAACUUUGGCGUGUCCUUCGACCAGCAGAUCCUGCUAUAUUAAAGACAACACUUUAGGGGCUAGUCUGCAACCUAUGUGAGACUAUAUAGCUCAGUCUUUUCCUUUGUUCCCAUGAUGAACUGAUGCAAUAGACUACUGCAACAGACAGCUGGGUUUCCUGUCCUGUGCAGAAUACAGAGCACAGCAAGAUCCCUCACCCCUCUUAACUAGUGUUUGCUUGUCUGCCUAUUUAUUCAUGUCUGUCUGUGGUGGAAAGAUCUUGGGAGCUGGCUGUAGGUUAUGAAAGCAAGAACUUGAUAACUUUUUAUAGCUUUUCAGAAAAGAGCCAAGCCUGAUGACAUGAAUUUUCUUUCCCCUACAGAAGUAGAAUCUGCCUGCCCUCACAAGUGCUAGAUCUGGAGCCUCUGUUGUCUUCCUUAUUCUUGCAUAAAGUAGUGUGAUGUAGCAAACAAGCAACGGGGGGCAAGCAAGCUUCCCCAAGUGUAGUUUGGCGUACAUGCCCUUUCCCUAUUGUUCUCCCUUCACAACUGCUAUUCACGGCGUUUGCCAUGUUCUUGGUUCUGUAUCUACAUCACGGCGAUUCUUAAAAGGGGCCUUUUUCAUGUGUGGCUCUAUCUUUGUAUGAAACCCAUCACUUCGUGGAAGGGGUUUCUCAUUGUACAAGCAUGUCACAAGGAAUUGAGAGUGACUCUUGUUUGGUCUCAGCCCAGAACGUUUUCAACUUACACGUCAUGGCAAAAAAAAGGGCACAAGCCGUCGUGGUUUUAAGGCUAGAAAUGUCACUUUUGAAAAAGAAAAGCAGAUUCUCUGGAUGCCAGGUUUGUACUUAAUUUGUCGUGCAAUCCUAGACUAAAGACAAGAUGUUUUGCUUAACCUCUACUUACUAUGGGUUCUUUUCUAAGUACUGUCUUUCUUUAAUACUGGUCUUUGCUUCUGGGGUAACGUAGGGAUGUUAAAGUACUAAUUAUGGUAUCAUGAUGACCAAGCAUGUGUGGUAUUUGCAACCAACACUGUUCUUAAUAUUAACUUAUUUGUACAAGGUUUGCCAGUGGAGGGAGAGGGAAUAUGUAUGAUGUGCAUCUAUGAAAGUUACCUGGACUCAGCUCAAAACAGUGUUAAAUCUACCUGAACAGUUUUAUAUUGAAUAGGAUGCUUUUUCUGAGUCCUUGUGUGUUCUAAUCCUUGCAAGUCAUCAUUUGGGAAUUGCCUCUGCUUUAAUUACUUAUUUAGAAAUAGUCAAAAACAAUGUUUUGUUGUUGCCCCAAAGUGUGUUGUUAAUUAAGCACAGAAAAGGCAAAAAGCCAGGUCCUGAAGAUACAGUUAUCAGAUGACACUCAAAUUCUGGCCAGGCUCGUUGCUUCUGGGUUUGUUUGUUUUUUAACUUCCUAGAUCAGAGCCACUUGCUCAUACCUAUAUCGAUAUCCAUUUCCUCAUCAGCUCAAUCUUCAUACCACUGAAAGAGCCUUUUGAACUUACGCUAA